ACACACACAAUCUCUCUUAUCAAAUUAUCGCUAAAACCCUGUUUACCCGACUACCCAAGUGACUCCUCCCUAAAUCCUCGACCAAAAAAGUCGAUAAGGUUUGCAAGAAUCCAUCAAUGGCAUACACAUACGGCUUCUGCUCUUCACCUUCCAUUUCUUUCACUCAAAGAACCUUCAUUCACCCAACAAUAUUCCAAUCAAGACUACCCCAGCUCAAAAUCACCCAAAUUUCACUACAAGAAUCAGUUUCAGAAGUAACCCACAACUUAAACCCUCAAACUUCAAACACCCAUCAAUUAACAACCGAUAAAAAGAAAAACUUCAUCUGGGUCAACCCCAAAAGCCCCAAAGCUUCAACCUUUAAGCAGAAAUCAUAUGAUUCAAGGUACAAUUCUCUUGUUCAAGUAGCAGAGGCUUUAAAUUCUUGUUUACCAGUUGAAGAGGAUGUUUUUAGGGUGUUAGAUAGUAAGUUAGGGGGUGAAUUAGUGGAGCAAGAUGGUGUUAUUGUCAUUAAUAAGUUGUCGAAUGCUCAAACGGCUCGGAUUGUGUUAAAGUAUUUUCAGGAUAGGUGUGAGUUGAAUAGGGAGGUUGUGCUUUAUAAUGUGGCUUUGAAGGUGUUUAGGAAGAGUAAAGAUUUGGAUGGUGCAGAGAAGGUGUUUGAUGAAAUGGUUGAGAGAGGUGUUGCGCCGGAUAACGUUACGUUUUCGACAGUUAUUGGGUGUUCGAGGUUGCGCUCGUUGCCCGGGAAGGCUGUGGAGUGGUUUGAGAAAAUGGCGGCGUUUGGGGUUGAGCCGGAUGAUGUUACUUAUGCGGUGAUGAUUGAUUGUUACGGACGCGUUGGGAAUGUGGAUAUGGCGUUGAGGUUGUAUGAUCGUUCGAGGACCGAGAAGUGGCGGCUUGAUGCGGUAACGUUCACAACGAUUAUUAAAAUUUACGGGACGAGUGGGAAUUUCGAUGGGUGUUUGACGGUUUUUGAAGAGAUGAAAGCGGUCGGUGUCAAACCGAAUUUGGUGUGUUAUAAUACGUUGUUAGACGCUAUGGGAAGAGCUAAGAGACCGUGGCAGGUUAAGUCGAUUUAUCAGCAACUUCUGAGUAGUGGAUUAACGCCUGGUUGGGCGACUUACGCUUCACUUAUUCGUGCAUACGGUAAAGCGCGGUACGGUGAUGACGCAAUGAUCGUGUACAAAGAGAUGAGAGCGAAAGGGAUGAAUUUGAGUAACGUUCUUUACAACACCCUUUUGUCUAUGUGUGCUGAUAUCGGCUUCGUCGAUGAAGCUGUUGAGUUACUUGACGACAUGAAGUCCUGUACGGAUUGUAAGCCCGACAGCUGGACGUAUUCAUCGAUGAUCACAAUAUUCUCGUGCUGCGGAAAGGUCGUAGAGGCAGAGGCCGUGUUGAAAGAAAUGGUGGAGUCCGGUUUUCAGCCAAAUAUAUACGUUUUAACCUCGCUAAUCCAAUGCUACGGGAAAGCCGACCGGACAGACGAUGUGGUGACAACGUUUGACCGAAUCAUCGAACUUGGUAUAACUCCGGAUGAGCGGACCUGCGGCUGUCUUCUCAACGUGAUGACACAAACGCCUCGUGAAGAACUCGGUAAGCUUACUAGAUGCGUUCAAAUCGCCAAUCCGAAGCUUGGUAGUUUAAUCGAAGCUCUAGUGGAUUCCAAUAUUGAAGACGAAACUUUCAAGAAUGAAGCUAGUAAAGUACUUAGUGAAUCGGGAGAAGAUGUAAAGAAAGCGUACUGCAAUUGCUUAAUCGAUCUAUGUAUUAAUCUCGAUCAGUUGGAGAAAGCGUGUGAUUUGUUAGCAUUGGGGAUUAAUCUCGAUAUAUAUACCGAUAUACAGUCGAAAACGUCUACAAACUGGUCGUUACAUUUGAAGAGUCUUUCAUUAGGGGCAGCGUUGACCGCAUUACAUAUAUGGAUAAACGAUUUGACCAAGGCUUUAGAAGAGGGCGAAGAGCUUCCGCCGUUGCUUGGGGUAAAUACGGGCCAUGGGAAGCAUAAGUAUUCGGAUAAGGGUUUGGCGGGGGCGCUUGAGGCCCAUUUGAAGGAGCUUAAUGCUCCUUUUCAUGAGGCUCCUGAUAAGGCUGGAUGGUUUUUAACGACAAAAGUUGCUGUUAAGACAUGGUUGGAAGGUAGACGCGAUGAGGUGGCGGUUGCUUCUUGAGUGCUGACUAGACCAACGCGUAUGUACCACUAUUCUUUUUCUUAACUAGCUUAUGUUCUUGAUGAUUGUAAUGUUGAGUUUUGUUUAUCUAGUGGAUGUUCAUUGAGGUUCAGACUGGUAGUCCUUAAGGGAGUGUUCAAAUAUUCGGUCUCGUAAUGAUUAUCGUAUUAUUGUA